AUGGCUGCGGACAGCAGCCGAUCACGUCUGCUCACUUUGCCAGCGGAGCUCAGGCUUGAGAUUUAUGAUCACGUCUUCGCGGAGGCCCGACCUUUCGAUCUACUGUCCAAGAAGGGACCUAGCAAUGCCUUGCGGGCUACCUGCAAACUAAUCUACGCCGAGACAAGCCGAACUCACGCAAAGGCAGCCUCACGGCAUCCCACCUACCGCGCCGAUCUCCUCGACGAUCUCAUCACCGAAUACGAAGAGGCAGUCUCGCCCCAUCGCUCUAUUGUCUUCUGGCCGCCCAUCUGCCGAGCGGCGACCCUGCUGAGGUCCAUCAAUGAUCAUUGCUUGCAUGCAUGCGCAAAAGAUGGAUGCUACAUGUGCGACGACAAGGCACACCGGCAAUGCUUCGAUUGUGGUCGGAACGUCGCCGUUGCCCUCUGGUGUUACGAUAACCCGGAAGACACGCCAGCUCUCGUGGUCAAGGGACACGGUGGGACGAAGUUGACCGAGCUCGGUCAAUUCAUUAAAGACUGUCGACCGUUAGCGUAUCGGAGGAUACAGAAUCGUGUGGAUCACAGCAAGGUCGAUCGAUGGUGGCAGCGCGAGCUGGACAUGCAGGUAGCCAUCGAUUACCGCUGUGAGCUACGGCGCGCAACAGUGGAAGAGUUCUGGGCACAGGCGGGCGCGCAUGCGAGCUAUUUUACAGCGGCCAACAUUUCAGCCAUCGAGGACGUCCGUCCAGGCAUGGAGGAAUACAGGCAGAUUGUGGAGCAGCACUGUGAGGACGGAUUUCUCGACUGGGAACCUGAAUACGAGCGCCGCGUCAAGCAGCGGCAAGAGCAAGCACGCGCUGCUGGAGUUGAGCUGCUUCCUCAAAUCCCAGUCAAGCGAGAUGCGGAGAAGUUGAGGGCGUUGCAACAUCGAUUCAAGGUGACGACGCCGGUCGGCCGCUUCAACACGCGCACUCGCGGCCGCCCGAUGGAAAUUGGCAAGCCGCCGUUGCUGGAGCGUCGCACGCAAAGACGUCUCGAGGAUGCCAGGGCCAAGGGGAUGGAAAUGCCACGCCUCGUUUUGGCGGUCGCGUAG